AUGAAAAUCCUCAAGAAAGCAAUUGAUAAACAAAAAUCUGGUUACGUCAGACUACAAGCUGAAGACAAUGAAGACCUAUGGGCCAUCUAUAAUUUAAUCCAAAAAGACCAUACUGAAAUAGAAAUCAAAACAAAUUACAACUUCAAAAAGGAAUUUGGGAAUGGCAAAACUAAAAUAGAAAAAAAAAUCUUGGUGUUAAAACUAAUCGUUCAAAAAAUUGACUAUAAAUCAAACUAUGAUUCGAUUAGAUUACAAGGUAGAACUACAUCUGAAAAUGAUUUCGUAUCCAAAAACUCCUUUGAAUCUGUUCAAAUCGACUUUAAUCACCCCUUUAACUUGUACCUAGAACAAUGGGAUAAAGUAUCUUUACAAAUCCUACAAUCUUGCACAAUAGAUCAAAAAGCUGAAGUUGGUGCCAUUCUAUUAGAUGAAGGUCUAGCUAACUUCUGUCUUUUAACUGAAACUGUCUCCAUUUUCAAAACUAACGUCACAAAAUCUUUCCCCAAGAAAAGAAGAGGUGAUAAUUCCCAAUAUGAUAAAGCCUUAAACUCCUUUUAUAAUCAAAUUUAUGAAAAAUUAAAAACAACUUUUAAUCUAGAAAAAUUAAAAGCUAUUAUAAUAUCUUCUCCAGGAUUUUGGGCCCAAGACUUAUUAAAAAAAAUUAUUGAAACUGCUCAAGCAAAAACUGAUAAAUUAGUUUUGAAUGCAAAACAAAAAUUCUUAAUAGCUCAUUCUUCAACUGGCCUUUUGCAAAGUUUAGAUGAAAUCUUAAAAGAUAAAUCUGUCUUGAAAAAAUUAGCUGAUACAAAAUUCUCAAUAAAUAUUCAUAUUUUAAAUCAAUUUUUAAAAAAAAUUAAUGAUGAUGAUUAUACUGCUUGCUAUGGUGAUGUUGAUGUAAUUAAAGCUAUUGAGAUGGGUGUCGUUCAAAACAUCCUAAUAACUGAUACAAAGUUCAGAGCUGAUGAUCCAAAUAUUAGAAAAAAAUAUCUUAACCUUGUCGAUCAAGUUGAAAGAACUGGUGGGAAAGCCACCAUUUUUUCAACUUUACAUGAUUCUGGAGUUCAAUUACAAAAUCUAACUGGUAUUGGUUGCAUUUUAAGAUAUCCUGUUCCUGAAUUAUUCGAAGAUGAUGAUGGUCCUGAACAAAAUUCUGAUGAUUCUGAUUCUGAUAAUGAUGAAUCGGAUGACGAUGAGGAUGUUUUUUAG